ACACAAGAAGUUAAAGAGCGCCUAAUAUAUACAUGUUUUUGAAGGCGGGCAGAGGGGGGGAAAAAGUGCCCCCAGAAAGGGUCUAUGGGCCUGAUUAUAUAGUUAUGAUGGAGGCCCCUUUCAGCAAGAGGAACCCGCCAGCGCUGAGAUUAGCGGAUUUGGCAACGGCUCAGGGCCAACAGCUUCAGAAUAUGACAGGCUUCCCGGUGCUGGCCGGCCCGCCCGCCCACUCCCAACUCCGUGCCGCCUCCGCGCAUCUCCACCCGCGGGACCCAGACACUGACCCUGGCGCGGCCAGCACUGCGCUCGGACCCGAGCACAUGGCACAGGCCAGUGGGCACGGCCCCAGCCCUCCCGCUCAGGCGCUCCAGGGACAGCCCCAGGCUCCCGCGCCCGCCGCCCGCUCCGCGGCCUCAGGGGCGCACCCGGGCGCCCGCACCCACCCCGACGGCGGGGGCAGCGGUGGCGCGCAGGCCCCGGCGCCCCCGCCUCCAGCCCCUCCUCUUCCUCCCUCCCAGUCCCUCUCCCCCCCUCCCCCGCCUCCUCCUUCUGCCCUCUCGGGCUACACCGCCACCAACAGUGGCGGCGGCGGCAGCAGCGGCAAAGGCCACAGCAGGGACUUCGUCCUCCGGAGGGACCUUUCCGCCACGGCCCCCGCGGUGGCCAUGCACGGGGCCCCGCUCGGAGGGGAGCAGAGGUCCGGCAGCAGCUCCCCCCAGCACCCGACCCCGCCUCCCCACCCAGCCGGGAUGUUCAUCUCGGCCAGCGGCACCUACGCGGGCCGGGACGGCGGCGGCCCCGCGCUCUUUCCCGCGCUGCACGACUCUCCGGGGGCUCCUGGCGGCCACCCUCUCAACGGCCAGAUGCGCCUGGGGCUGGCGGCCGCUGCGGCGGCUGCGGCCGAGCUCUACGGCCGCGCGGAGCCACCCUUCGCUCCGCGCUCAGGGGACGCGCACUACGGGGCGGUGGCGGCCGCCGCGGCCGCCGCCUUGCACGGCUACGGAGCCGUGAACUUAAACCUGAACCUGGCUGCAGCCGCGGCGGCUGCGGCGGCUGCGGGGCCCGGGCCCCACCUGCAGCACCACGCGCCGCCCCCGGCGCCGCCGCCAGCGCCCGCGCAGCACCCGCACCACCCCCACCUCCCGGGGGCGGCCGGGGCCUUCCUGCGCUACAUGCGGCAGCCAAUCAAGCGGGAGCUCAUCUGCAAGUGGCUAGACCCGGAGGAGCUGGCCGGGCCGCCGCCCGCGGCCAGCGGCGCCAAGCCCUGCUCCAAAACUUUCGGCACCAUGCACGAGCUGGUGAACCACGUCACGGUGGAGCACGUGGGCGGCCCGGAGCAGAGCAGCCACGUCUGCUUCUGGGAGGACUGUCCGCGCGAGGGCAAGCCCUUCAAGGCCAAGUACAAGCUCAUCAACCACAUCCGCGUGCACACCGGCGAGAAGCCCUUCCCUUGCCCGUUCCCGGGCUGCGGCAAGGUCUUCGCGCGCUCCGAGAACCUCAAGAUCCACAAGCGCACUCAUACAGGGGAAAAGCCUUUCAAAUGUGAAUUUGAUGGCUGUGACCGGAAGUUCGCCAACAGCAGCGACCGAAAGAAACACUCCCACGUCCAUACCAGCGACAAGCCCUACUACUGUAAGAUUCGAGGCUGUGACAAAUCCUACACUCACCCAAGCUCUCUGAGGAAACACAUGAAGAUUCACUGCAAGUCCCCCCCACCUUCUCCAGGAGCCCUUGGCUACUCAUCGGUGGGGACUCCGGUGGGUGACACUUUGUCCCCUGUGCUGGACCCAACCAGGAGUCGAUCCAGCACUCUGUCCCCUCAGGUGACCAACCUCAGUGAGUGGUACGUGUGCCAGGCCAGUGGGGCCCCCAGCCACCUCCACACACCUUCCAGCAAUGGAACCACCUCCGAGUCUGAAGACGAGGAAAUGUACGGGAACCCCGAAGUUGUACGGACGAUACAUUAGAAUGAUUAUUAAUAAGUGAGAUAGUGAGUGAGGGUCCCCUGGACCACAUCCUAGCCUGAGACGAUGCUGAGCCUGAGACAAAUUGGUGACUCAGACUUUGCCGCCCGGUCUAAUUAGCCCUAUUUAUUCAGUAUGGAAACCCUAUGGUGUUUGUACAUUUAAUUAAUUUAAUUAAGAUAUUUGGGUUUUUUUUCCUCUUUCUCCAAAAAACAAAAAAACAAAAACCAGAAAAACAAAACAAGACUGGAGAUGCAGCUCAGUGGUAGAGCCCUUGCCUAACACGCAUGAGGCCCUGGGUUCAACCUUUAGUGCUGAGAGGAAAAAAAUUUAUGGCAAGCAAAUAAAAAGCAACCAAGCUAGACUUGUCCAUUGCAGUGGGACAGGCCUGGAGGCAGAGUCAGUCUAUUGAGGAAAACUAGUGGAAAAAUUAAGAUAUACACUGCCAAUACUGUGUGCGUGCAUGCGUGUGUGGGUGUGUGUGUGUGAGUGCGCGCGUGCGUACACUUCUGUGUGCGCAUGUGUCUGUAUAUAUGAGUAUAUCUAUUAAAUGGGAGGGAAAAAAGCAGCAUUAAGUCAGACCUUAACACAUCAACCAGGCCCUCUCCAUGUCCCCUAGUGCCUCUCAGAUGCCUUUGACACCAUAACGAGAGCUGCUUUUUUUUUUUUUUUUGAGACCUAAUUCUGCAAAAGGCCUCUUGAUUGUAAAACACAACACUUGCUGCAUGGACAACAGAUCCUGGACUGUGCCUGUAUCCAAAAAUCUUUUGUAUGAGAAACAGAACAACAACAAAAAAAAGACCUUUCUGAUUUCUAAUAUUUAUCGUUUCAAUUCCUAUGCUUUUAUUACCAAUCUCACCGCAACAUGAUAUUUUUAUACAGGAUUGUUCCUUCAGUAUCUUUCCUUGUGUGAUUUAAAAAAAAGAAAAAAAGAAAAGAAAAAGACAGAAAUGAAACAAAACACCAAGCCAAGUGCAGCCACCCUGAUACAUCUCCCCAUAUCAUGCUACUGUGAUUGUUCAAGCAGAAACAGAAGAAGAGCUGCUGAGACAACUGGAAACUGUGAUCUUUUGUAAACUAGAAGCAAUUCCAAGUGCUUUCUUUUUCCUCUGCUGGGCUGUCCUGUCGUUGUUGUUUUUGUUUUUAAAUUGGGUAUUUCAGGUGCCGCCUCUUGGCUGCAUCCUAACUUGUUGGGUAAUGAGGAGCCAAGAGUUGGGUUUUUUUGGGGGUGCCAGCAAGCACAGUAGAGGCUGAGGGGGGUGUGGUGGUGACACCCUGCCUAUCUUUUAAAGCUUUUUAUUUUUGUUGUUGUCGUUGUUAACAGGCCAACUCUCAUCUAACUCUCCUUUUAAUACUACUGUAUCAACUUUUUUUUUAAAAAAUGCAUUUCUUUCACUUGCUCCAUGAGCACUGAACCCUCUUCCAUUUGAAAAUGACAGUGUGAAGUAUAUGAACUACAUUACAGGAGGAGGAGUUGCUAUACAUAUUAAAUUUUUAAAGAGGUUUAUAGUUACCACCAAACACUGAUGAAUGUGUGACCUUUGCCAGAGCUGUCAAGCCAGGAUACAAAGGGUCAAGAACCUAGGACAAUAACUCUUGGUCAGUUUACGUUCAGUUGGUACAACACAUCUCCCGUGCAAACUGUAGCCCAGCAGAAAACAUCACACACACAUACUAAAGAGCACUAAUUUAUCCUCAGAGAUCUUGAAGACACCCCUCUCCCCAGGAUUUGUGGAAAUCUUGUUUUGUGUGCUGUGAGUGGUUAAUGUAGUCUUGUCAUUGCUAAUAAGUGUUUGUGAAUACUUUAUCUGUACAGUUUUUUUAUUUAAUUUAUUUUUAGAGAGCCUUUUCUGUUUCUGGAAGAGUUCAAAGCACACCAAAGAAAUAUAUUAUACAUUUUGGUGAAAGAUUGUCAUUUAUGAUCCAUGGUUUAUUUAAGAAAAAAGAAAUGGAAAGGGGUAAAAUAUAAAAUAUAUUUUUAAGCUUACUUGAAUGGACAAGGUAAUGUGAAAACCCAAAUCUCUUCCUGCAUGUUUUUUUGCCUCGUGUUGAUGAGAUUAUAGUUUAUAGAUAUAUUACUAGUACAAUGCAUGGUGCUUUUACGUGGACACCUUUCAAUGUUGUCUUCAGAUUGUUACAGUAAAUAUGACACAUGCAGACCCUCCUUUAUAAAGAAAGACCCACAACUUGAAUAUAAAAUAAUUCUACAUUUUAAAAGUUUAUUUGAUUUUUUUUCUCCCCCUGUUAUUCACUUUCAAAGUCCUUUCAAACAGAAAUGAUAAGGUAUGAACUUGGGUGGGAUAACUUAUGUACUGUAAAUUUGUUAGGGCAAAAAAUAUUCCUGAUAUGUGAGUUGUUUUAUUUAUACAACUUUUUUCCCCCAAUGGUAGUUUGCACUAUUCUUUAUCAUGCUACAGGUUUAUUUAUUAUGAGACAAAGGAAUAUGUAUUUUAUGUAUUUUGCCGUGCAUAGGUUUAACUGCCACAGGUUUACUGGUUCCUGAUGCACCAAAAAUAAAAACCUUAAAAAGUGUGUACCUCCAUUAGAAAGAAAGCAAGAAUGACAAUGGAAUGACAAAUGUAAUAAAGGUACUCUUCCUAUGUACUGCUACAUUUUA